AAACUGGCGAAAACCGAGGUUACAAGCGACCUGGUUAGAUCAGGCGACGCUAGCUAUGAAUCCAGCCGACACCGAUGGAAUUCGGUCAGAAAGUUGCCCAGGCCUUUGGCUGGAAUUGUACGCGAUGUCAAGGACCGGCUGCCGACAUACGUCUCGGAUUGGACCGAUGCUUGGAACUAUCGAGUGAUUCCAAGCGUGAUAGAGACGUAUUUCAACAACUUACUCCCGGCCAUUGCUUUUGCCCAGGAUAUGUUUGACCGCACAAACCACUCCUAUGGAGUCAAUGAGGUGCUGCUGGCCAGCGCGCUGGGUGGUAUCGUUUUUGGAGUGCUCUCGGGCCAGCCGUUGUGCAUCGUGGGCGUCACAGGCCCGAUCGCGAUCUUCAACUAUACCGUCUACGACGUCAUCAAGUCGCUAAACUCAAACUACUUUGGGUUUAUGUUUUGGGUCUGUAUCUGGUCGAUGGUGCUGCACCUCAUACUGGCCGUAAGCAACGCGGUGUGCUUGCUACAGUACGUUACGAAGUUCCCGUGUGAUAUUUUUGGCCUGUUCAUCAAUGUGGUUUAUGUUCAAAAGGGCAUUCAGAUCCUCACCCGUCAAUUUCGUCACGAAGGCUCGCUCGACUUGACUGCCGGAUACGCUAGCAUCGUCGUUGCGCUCAUUAUGACUGCUUUUGGACUUGCGGCCAAGCUUGUGGUUCGGACCCCAUUUUUCAAUAAGAAGCUGCGCACUUUCAUCGCAGACUGUUCCACGGCCCUCUCCGUUGUUUUUUGGUCCGCGUUCACGCAUUUUGGCGGGUACUUCAAUGACGUGCAUUUCCAAAAGCUACCCAUCACCAAAUCCUUCCACCCCACUUCACACCUCAGAGACCGCAGUACGUGGCUUGCGUAUUUCAAGAUCCCGGUUAGAGACGUAUUCAUAGCCCUUCCAUUCGGGAUCAUUCUAACGAUUCUAUUCUACUUCGACCACAACGUAUCGUCGUUAAUGGCGCAGCGAUCCGAAUACAAACUGAAAAAACCGUCCACGUUCCACUACGACUUUGCACUUUUGGGGUUAACUACAGGUGUAAGCGGCGUGCUUGGUAUCCCUGCACCGAACGGAUUGAUACCACAGGCUCCACUCCACACCGAAGCCCUGCUGGUGCGUAACGACAAAGGCCAAGUAACACGAUGCGUGGAACAAAGGUUCACAAACACGUUCCAGGGCCUGAUGAUCCUGGGCACGAUGUCAAGACCGUUACUGGUGUGUCUGGGUGAAAUUCCACAAGCGGUACUUUCGGGUCUUUUCUUCAUCAUGGGCAUCAGCGGGCUUCUUAAUAACGCCAUAAUCGACCGCGUAUGUUUCAUGAUCACCGAGAAGUCCAGGCGUGACAUAAGCAACCCGCUGAAAGACGUGCCUACAAAGAAACUGGUGUUGUUUUUGAGUAUCAGUCUUGCUGGAUUUGCUGCUGAAUUUGCCAUAACAAACACGCGUGGAGCUUUAGGAUUUCCGCUAGUGCUGUUGCUCACCGUAAUCGUGUCGCUAAUUUUCCCCAAUUACUUUCCACCGGAACAAUUGGCCAAGCUGGAUGCCAAAGUCGGAGAAGAGUUUACACUCAAAAACCUAAAAACCACUAAUUUGAAAGAUAGGUCUUUCUGA